CAUCUAGGCUAGGAAACUGGCUUACAUGAUGGGUUUAAAUCUGGUAUCUUAGACUGAUUCUCACUGUGAAAGCAAAUCAGUUGCCUUUCUUCUUUCUUCUGCAGUAGGCUAAAAUAAGGCAAACAGUAUCAUUUAUUUAAUCCCAGUGUAUUCGAGGUACCUUUUAUUUUUAUAUACAACAUGGAAAAAAAAGAUUUUUUUUUUUUACUGAGACACACAAGGCAUUUGUGUGCUGUUGCUGAAUGCUGAGGUUUAUCUGGAGUCCCGAGUUUUUGUAAAUCUAUCGCUGCAACAAUGCAUCAUCAGUUUAAACAGUGUUUUAGGGGAAAUCAUGGAUGAUAUUUCCUUUGAAUCGUACAAGAAGAGAUAAGCAGAUGAAUGGAUUGUUGCUCGUAGGAAGAAAUAGAUUUUGCUGAUGCAGACGUACAAGCAAUAUGAGUCCAGAUGGAAUAAUCAAAUAACUGCAUGGUCUGAAUGCAACCACCAAGUGCAGAAGAGAAAGAAUGACUAUCUAUGCAACGACAACUAAUCAUUAUCUAAAUGAUUACAAUUCACAUUAGUGGAAUCAUUAAAAUCAAACAAAUAUAAUGUUUCUCCGGAAAAUUUCUGGGAUAUUCCCUGCUGGAUUUGGACUGCGUCUCUCUCAGAAAUUUAUAUUCCUGUUAUUCUUGUCUGGAUUUAUUACACUCUGCUUCGGAACAUUGUUUCUCCUUCCAGACACAUCUAAAUUCAAGAGGAUAUUUUUAUCAAGCGCACAUAAUCAGAAUGUAGAAAAAUUACACAGUUAUGCUGGUAAAAAGAUGAGUAAGAAAACUGUCGAAGACCAAAAGUCUAUAAUACGUAAUUCUCAGCACGAGAAAUGGAAAUCCAAAGAUAAAUUUAAUAUGGAUGUGCCAUCUUUUGGAGUUAUAGCUAAAAAUAAUGACAGAGCUGAAAAAGAAAAGAUUUUUAUAAACAAAGAGCACAUAAUCGCACAGAAGGACCAGUUAAAGUCAACUUUUGAUUAUGAGACUUUUAGAAAAAAUCUUAAAUAUCCCCCCUUGGGGAGUGAACAUGAGCCAAAAAAUAUCGAAAUGCAGGAAAAAAGGAAGAAAGUCAAAGAGAUGAUGAUGUUUGCAUGGAAUAGCUACAAGCAAUAUGCAUGGGGGGAAAAUGAGUUAAGGCCACUAACAAAAGAUGGACAUUUUGGGAGCCUGUUUGGUGGCCUUAAGGGGGCCACGAUUGUUGAUGCGCUGGACACACUUUUUAUUAUGGGUCUGAAGGAGGAAUUUGAGGAAGCUCAGAAAUGGAUAGAGACCAGCCUUGAUCUGAAUGUGAAUGGAGAAGCCUCCCUGUUUGAAGUAAACAUCCGUUACAUUGGAGGAUUGCUUUCUGCAUAUUUCCUUUCAGGAAAAGAGGUCUUCAGAGACAAGGCUAUAGGCCUUGGAAAUAAACUGCUGCCAGCGUUUAGCACUCCCACUGGAAUUCCACGUGGGAUCAUCAACCUUGGGAAUGGUUUAACCUGGAGCUGGGGUUGGGCCUCAGCAGGAAGCAGCAUUUUGGCUGAAUUUGGAACAUUGCACCUGGAGUUUGUGCAACUAAGUGAACUAUCUGGAAACACAAUUUUUACUGAAAAGGUGAAUGGAAUCCGGAAACUUUUAAGUAAAAUUGAAAAACCUAAUGGAUUAUACCCUAAUUAUUUUAGCCCUGUCAGUGGAAACUGGGUACAGCACCAUGUUUCACUUGGAGGACUUGGUGACAGCUUCUAUGAAUAUUUAAUCAAAUCUUGGCUGAUGUCAGCAAGACAGGAUAAUGAAGCUAAGAGCAUGUACUAUGAUGCUUUGGAGGCAAUAGAAACACAUCUUAUAAGAAAGUCUCCUGGAGGACUAACAUACAUUGCUGAGUGGAGAGGUGGGAUUCUGGACCAUAAAAUGGGACAUCUAACCUGCUUUGCUGCAGGAAUGUUUGCUCUUGGGGCAAGAGAUGCACCUGCACAGAAGAGAGACCAUUAUAUGGAGUUAGCAGCAGAAAUUGCAAAUACAUGCCAUGAAUCUUAUGCACGUACAGAUACCAAGCUGGGACCAGAAGUUUUCAGGUUUGACUUUGGAGCUGAAGCCACAGCAUCACGAUUAAGUGAAAGAUAUUACUUGUUGCGGCCAGAAGUGGCUGAAAGUUAUGUUUACCUGUGGAGGUUAACGCACAAUCCGAAAUACAGAGAAUGGGGCUGGGAGAUUGUACAGGCACUAGAGAAAUAUUGCAGGAUAGAAAGUGGAUUUUCAGGCAUCAAGGAUGUUUACAGCAAGAGUCCAAACCAUGACAAUGUUCAGCAAAGCUUUUUCAUGUCAGAAACAUUAAAAUACCUCUACCUGCUGUUUUCAGAAGAUGAUUUACUUUCACUAGAAGACUGGGUAUUUAACACAGAAGCACAUCCACUACCAAUUAUUCAUCUAAAGUCAAGCUGAAGCACAAUAUUACAGUACACAUCCAGUCAGAGUUUUUAUCAGAAGCUUAAACUUUCGUAUGAGAUAAAUUCUAUUUUAUGAGAUUAAUUUGGGAUAACAGGAAUGAAAAAAAAUCUAAAAACAGUAUGAAACUCUAAAACAUCUUAUAUUUAGAACUAAAAGAAUAGUGGCCUUCUGCAGAAAAAAAAUCUGCCUGCGUUUGCUUUUUUUUUUGCAAGAACAAAACGAAUAUGUGAAGGGAUACGUCUGUUCCUUUUUUAGUGCAGUAUCUCCUUCAACACCUGGUUUGUCCAACUUGUAGCCUUCCAAAUGUUCUUGUAUAGUAGCUCCUCAUAUCCCUGUUAAUUAUGGUACAACAACAGCUGAGUGGUCACAUAUUGCAUGUUUCUGGUUAUGGCAAUGCAUUGUUUUCCAGGGCUGGUCGCAAUUCUUAAUUUUCAAAGCCAAGGCAGCUUGCAAAUGGAACUCCUCCCCAAAUAUUUUUUUCCUUGUAAUUUAAUCUUGUUUUCAUUUAAUCAGAGAUCUCAGAGCUGCAAUAUUUACAUGCAGCUAUAUUUUGUGCAACUCCAGCAAAUGUGAGUGUUGAAGAGCAAUGAAUUUGCUUUACAGAUGCAGUGUAUAUAUGUAUAUGUAUGAUUGCUUCAAAAGUGCUAUGCAGAAUUAUGACAUUUGAGGCACGUUUUAUCACAGCAAAGUACUGUGCAUUAGUUUAGUACAUUCUUGUAUUUCUAAAUUAUUAUAGAUACAGUUAUUGUUGUUUGUUUUUAAAACCAUUGGCAAACUUUAUUUUGUUGCAUGAGGAUUUUUGAGUUCAACUUGACAUUUUAUUUUAAAGUUUUAGUGGGUUAUUUACUAAACUCCGAAUGCAAAAAUCACGAAAAAUUUGUGUGUUU